UCAUUCGCAAUCACAACCACAGAAAGCCACUGAGUUCACGUGCAACUAGCACUGACAACUGCACCCAAGCGAGAGGGAACUCUCCGUCUGGGGCAAGGCUCUCAUAAGCCUGGCCAUAUAUUGAUAAAAGAUUGAGCAUACUCGUUGGGUUGAGUGCUCCUAUUCUCGGCGGAUUCCAGCAACAAUAUGACAGCUUCGGCGAUCUUCGAGAAGCUGGUGCUGCAUGCACCGCACAUUUCCACGAAGCAAUUGAUUCCAGCCUUCAUUUAUGGGACGGCCUGGAAGAAGGAGGCAACUACCGAACUUGUCUACCAAGCUCUCUGCAAUGGUUUUACUGCCGUGGACACAGCGGCGCAACCCAAGCAUUAUCGUGAAGAUCUGGUAGCUGCUGGAGUCUCCAAAGCUAUCAAGGAAGGAAAAGUCAAACGUUCAGAGAUUUACUUACAAACCAAAUUUACCAGCGUCCAAGGUCAAGAUCCGGACAACAUGCCCUACGACAAAACCAGCCCAGUGACAGAACAAGUUAACGCAUCAGUGAUCUCGUCACUCCAAAACUUCAAUUUCGCAGACGUUGUCAAGGAUGAUGACAACGGAGAACCAUAUAUCGACACUCUUGUUCUGCAUUCCCCUAUGCGAAAUAUCGAGGAAACGAUGGAGGUAUGGCACACGCUCGAGCAAUACGUGCCGAACGAGAUCAAGAAUCUCGGCAUAUCAAACUGCAACCUGUUCACUCUGAUGGAUCUCUACGAGCGAUCCACGAUCAAACCCAGUGUUGUCCAGAACCGCUUUUAUCCAAGCACAAAGUUUGAUAUUGGUGUACGCAAGUUCUGCCAGGAGAAGAAUAUCAUCUACGAGAGCUUCUGGACGCUAAGUGGCAAUCCAAACUUGCUCUGGUCGGCCGAGGUUGGCUCUCUAGCACAGCAGAUUGGUAUCACUCCACAAUCAGCUCUUUAUGGUUUUGUGCUGGGAUUGGGCAAUGUCACAAUUCUCAACGGCACAAAGAGCCUGAAGCACAUGCAGGAAGACUGGGACGCCAUACAAAAGGUCAAGAGUCUGGCAGAGUCCCAGCCACAGGAAUGGGAGAGUGCUCUCCGGGCUUUCCGGAAACUUAUAGGUCAACCAAGGCCAUGACCGGCGCAGAAUGAAGCAGUACCAAGGCUCUCGACUCAACUGCAACUUAUCGGUCGCCUGGAAUAUCGUUCCGGCAAGAUAGGAAGUUGUAGGAUGAAUAGAGACUAUCAUGCAGAUCGUAUUCUCGUGGUUUACCUUGUUUCUGCCAUUUCCAUUUCAGAAGUGCUGCUCGAUUAUCACGAUUGAAUCUAUCCUUCUGGGAUACUAGCAUAGACUGGUCCCAUUGUUCGA